AUGACACCUUCAGCAUCGAGCCAUCGCGACAACGACGACGACAACGGAACGUGCCCUGAGGGACAACACUACCACCAGUCCAAGGUAGACCGCCUUCCUCCUACGAAGGAAAACAUUUUUCUCGACCGGAGCCGGCGCAUUGGAGCCAUGAACACCUCACUCGGCCUCGUCCCCUCGCGAUCCCUCCUCCACCUCGGUCUGCGCGUCGCCUGCCGCCACGCCGCGAGCACCAGCUGCAGCGCCUCCCCGGCCGCCUCCCGGCUCCUUUCAACAUGCACAACCCUCCGCAGACCCGUCUCUAGCAGACCACACUCGGCAUGGUCGACACUCCGCCAAACCCAAUGGCCCUCCCCGGGCCUUGCCGCGACAUCUAACCUCCCAGCACGAAGAUGGGCGUCCUCCUCACCGCCGCCCAAGAACGAGCCCAUCCUCCGAGACUACGUCGACCUCCCGCUGGACUACAAGGACAAGAUUGGCCUGCGUUUCCGGGCCACCGACCUCACCCCCGCCGAGACCAAGGCCGUCUUCGGCCCCUCCCUCAAGCCCGCCGCCGCGAAUCGCCUGCUGCGCAUCAUGCACGGCCGCCGCGUCGCGGGAUCCCUCGACGACCCGGCCUUUAGCGUAAACACCGCUGCGUUCACGGCCCAACAGCGCGACGCCGCCCUCAGAUACCUCCGCAAGAUCGUCCCUGUCGACGAAGUCCUCAACGCCGGUCUGCGCGCCGAGGACGAGCUCGCCGCGUUGGAGAAGGAGCUCUCCGAGAGCGUCGACGAGGAUUCUUCGGGCGCAAAGACGCCGUCUCUCAAGGACAAGGACACCGCCGCCGAAACCGCCGCCGAGAGCCCCAAGGGAGCCUACAAAGCGGAUCCGGUAUACGGCUACAGCGCCCUCGACGCCAUCCGCGCCAAGAACCAGGCCAAAGCCGCUGAGAAAGAGAAGCGUCUCGCCGAGGAGGCUAGGCAGAAGGACCUCGAGAACCCGGGCACCCUCGCGACCCUCGACAUUAAGCGCCCGCCCAUGAGCCCGCGCAUGCAAAAGUGGACCGAGGAGGCGAGCUCCGACCUCGAGGCCCCGCCGCCGCUGACCCUCGCUGAGCGCCUACUCCCGUCCGUGGCAGUCGUCCUGUUGCUGGUCGGCCUGCUCUCGGCCUUCGCUGCGGUCUACACCCCGCCCCGUGACGCCGACCGGCUGUACCCCGAGGUCUCCGCUUCGACCGCGACCGUCGGCGCGUUGAUCGGCCUGAACGUGCUCGUCUCCCUCGCGUGGCGCGUGCCGCCGCUGUGGCGGUUCCUGAACAAGUACUUUGUGCUGGUGCACGGCAUGCCGCGCGCCGUGUCGAUGAUCACGGCCAACUUCUCGCACUCUUCGCUGGGCCACCUGGCGACCAACAUGGUCGGGCUGUGGUUCAUGGGCACCGCGCUGCACGACGAGGUCGGCCGCGCCAACUUCCUGGCCAUCUACCUCGCCUCCGGCGCCGUCGGCUUGCUCGGCAGCCUGACUGUGUUCACGCUGCGGGGCCUGCUGACCGUUUCGACCGUGGGCGCGUCGGGCGCCGUGUUCGGCGUCGCGACGGCGUACUUCUGGAUGCACCGCUUCGACUCGUUCAAGGUGCUCGGCCUCCCGCCGGAUCCGAUGAACGGCCCGCAGGGCCUGGGGUUCAUCGCCAUGAUCCUUGGCUUCCACGUCUACGCGUUCUUCCGGAGGGGCAGGCAGACCAUCGACCUGACGUCCCAUCUGUUCGGUAUGCUGGCGGGCUUGGUGGGCAUCGAGCUCGCGACGGGGAAGAAGGAGGCGGCGAGGGAGGAUGGCCUGGAGAAGAAGAGGGACGACCUUGUCAAGGAUGCGCCGCCUCACGAGAGCGAUGGCGACGUCAAGGCAUGA